AUAGCGCCAAAUUUUAGUUAUUGCUACUGUAGUGGAAUGACGCUUGGACAGAGAAUACUGCUGCUAAUUUCAUUCUCUCUAUUAAUAGCAUUUUAUGGAAAUCUACUUUGCUUUGCCGAAGUUUCUUAUCACACUUGCAAAGUGCGCGCGAAUAUAGGAAAAAUGGAUAUAGAAGAUUUUGAAAAGAAAAGACCUGCCCGAAGCAUAAACGGAGAAUGCUUUCGCAUUUGCUACGCUUUGAUGACGAAUACGAGGUACUACACUAGGACUUGCUUGGCUGGCACUACGAAUUAUUCUCGCUGGUUCAACAUAUUUCAAUGUCCGCAACAAGUCAGAAAUCCAGUUUUGAUUGCGGAUGGCAUCAUUCCCGAUGAAUUCACAACCAAAAGACCUACUAACCUAUGUCCAGGCUGGAAAUAUGAGAUGCCAAGAGAUUAAAAGGAUGUGUACUGUAUAAAAUUCUCUAAUUAUGUAAUAAACGAAAGUACAGCUUUCAGAUGGUUAAAAAUGUGGCAUUUUCGGCUUCAUUUUUGAAAACUAAUUUAUGGCAUAUACUAAAUUAAGUAAUUGUGAUUAAAUACACGUAGUUGAGAAUACCGUUAGUUACGUGAAACGGAAUCGAA